AUGGUAUCACAGUUCUGGCAGCGACUGCUGCAGCAUAGAUGGCAAAGACAGCUUCGGCUGCUGACAAAACCAUACUUUGUCAGAUACCAACUUGAUUGCCAGAGAGGUCCAGAACUUUCUUAUUCUGGCUUCCGUAGUAUUUCAGGAUCCUGUAAGUUUCAGCAACAACAUCAGCAACUUCCUUUUGACAUCAGUGAGUUUCCCGUAGAAAACAUUCGCAACUUCUGCAUCAUCGCUCACAUUGAUCAUGGCAAGAGCACACUGGCAGACAGGUUUUUAGAAAUUACAGGAACAAUUGCCAAGGGCAACAACCAGCAGGUGCUGGACAGGCUUCAGGUAGAGCGAGAAAGGGGGAUAACCGUGAAAGCACAGACUGCAAGUUUGGUGCAUACUUAUAAGGGACGGAGAUAUCUGCUGAACCUAAUUGAUACCCCGGGCCAUGUUGAUUUUCACUAUGAAGUGUCAAGAUCUCUCAAGGCUUGCAAUGGUGCCAUUCUACUUGUUGAUGCUAAUCAGGGAGUGCAGGCACAGACAGUCGCAAAUUUUUACAUGGCUUUUGAGGCGGAGCUGAUUCUUAUUCCAGUUUUGAAUAAAAUUGACUUGAAAAAUGCACAGCCUGAGCAAGUUGCCGAACAGAUGCAUAAUGUGUUUGACAUCGAGAAGUCGGAAAUAUUAAAGAUAUCAGCUAAGCAAGGAACGGGCAUUGAUGAACUUUUAUCCGCUGUCAUUGAGAGAAUACCAAGUCCUCCUGGUGACAGAAGCAAGCCACUGAAAGCAUUUGUGUUUGAUUCCUGGUAUGAUCGGUACAAAGGCGUGGUCGCACACCUAGCCAUCUGUGAUGGUGUUAUUAAAAAAGGUGAAAGGAUCACUUGUGCGAGCAGUGGUAAGACAUAUGAGCUUACAGAAGUUGGCAUCAUGUACCCAACUCAAGUUCCUUGUGAUACUUUGUAUGCAGGACAGGUAGGAUACGCGAUGAUGAAUAUGCGUAAUGUUGAUGAAGCCCAGGUAGGAGACACAUUCUUUCAUGAGAAAGUCCCAGUCCAGCCAUUGCCAGGUUUCCGGAGUGCCACUCCUAUGGUUUUUGCUGGGAUGUUUCCCAGCGAGCAGACUGACUUCCUGACUUUGAGAAAUGCGAUAGAGAAACUCACUCUUAACGAUCGCAGUGUUCAAGUCAAAAUGGAUAACAGCCCAGCUUUGGGUCAAGGUUACAGACUGGGGUUCUUGGGUUUGCUUCACAUGGACGUGUUCAACCAGAGACUGGAGCAAGAAUUUGAUGUGUCCACCAUCAUGACCGCUCCAAACGUGGCUUAUAAAAUGAAGAUAAAAGGUGAAAAGAACAUUAAGUUUCAUGGAUCAGAUGAGGUGACAGUUCUCAAUCCAUGUCUGAUGCCAGACCCAGCAAUAAUCACAGAGUAUUAUGAGCCCAUGGUGAACGGAACAAUAAUAUCGCCGGCAGAAUACCUUAAUCAACUGACAGCUCUUUGUCAUGAGCAUCGUGGCCGAAUCAAAGACCAAGUAUAUAUUGAUAAUACCCGAGUCAUGAUGCAGGCCAAAUUUCCUCUCUCGGAAAUACUGGUAGAUUUCUUUGAUGAGUUGAAGUCGAUCACUUCAGGCUAUGCCAGCUUUGAUUAUGAAGAUGCUGGCUACGAGAUCACUGAAGUUCUGAAGCUAACCUUUUGCCUGAAUGGCCGUGAAGUUGAUGAGCUCACCAUGAUCUGCCAUGUGUCAAGGGCCAGAGAAACAGCAAGCAGGAUUUGUUUGAAGCUGAAAGAAACUAUCCCUCGACAGCAGUUUGUCAUUAGUGUCCAGGGAAAGGUUAACCAAAAGGUCAUUGCUAGAGAAGAUAUCAAAGCCUUUAGGAAAGAUGUAACUGCCAAAUGUUAUGGCGGUGAUGUGUCGAGGAAGAUGAAACUACUAAAACAACAGGCAGAAGGCAAGAAACGCCUCCGGAGAAUUGGAAACAUAGAUAUACCCAAUGAUGCUUUUCUGCAAAUUUUGAAGAAGUAG